AUGAACUCCCCUGCCGUAGCAUCUCCGACCUGGAAGAAGGACCACUUGUGGCAGAUCCUGUUGGCGCUGGACUUCGACCCCGACAAGGCCGCGGCCGAAGCGGGGAAGCUCGCUACGCACACGAAGCUGGGCGCGAACAUGUUUGACAAACCUAACAGUGAUGCCUUUCACAUAGUUGCCUACUUUUUGUUUACUGCUCUGAAUCCAUCCCAUGCCAAAGAAGUCUUCAGAUUUUGUUGGCCUCCAAUAGACCGAAAAGCUGAUGUUGAAUUUCGGAAACAGUGCUGUGAGUGGUUGAAAAAAAUUUCUGAUGAAUGUGGAAGCAGCUUUCCUCAAGUUGUUGGUUCAUUGUUUCUUUUUCCUGGUGGCCCUAAAUUUGUUGAUCUCAUGUACUGUUUUGCAAGAUUUGUUGCAGCACAAUAUAUUAAAACCAACUCUGAAAGUUCUAAUAAUACGUACUUCAUAGAGACAUUUAAUAAAAAGUCUCAAGAGCCCUGUAAGUCCUUUACAAGAUGUUACAUAGGACGAACCAGGUUUUUACAAAUUUUACAAAAAGAAGAUUCUCUGAUUCGACAAUACCAGGAAAAUUCUCAAGCAUUAAUUAAAGAAAUAAGAGAUUUGAAUUCACAACAUACUGAAUUGCAAAAAUUACAAAAAAAGAACCAGAAUGAAGACCCAAGAGACAUAUUAGAAAAAGUUCAAAAGGUUCGAUUGAUGUGGGAUUCUGUGAUGGAAACUCUUACAUUUUUGGAAAAAGAAAGAGAAGUUGUUAAUUCGGUCAUUACAGGUCAUGUUGAUCAGUAUACUUUGGAUGGAGCUGGUGUUGCUAUUAAGGUUCCAAGGCUCUUACUGGAUAGAAUUGAAAAACAAAUGUGCCAUUUAUUUAUAGGAAACCUUUAUGAAGCUGGAAAAUUGAAUCUUUUAACUGUUAUUCAAUUACUAAAUGAAGCCCUGAAGAUUUUAAAAAAUGAACGUAGUCAUACUGACCAAACAGGAUUGACAGCAGACCUUAAUUAUGUUGAGAGAGAGGCCAGAGUUCAGAAAAUCACUUUAUCACAUGUGAAGCAAUUGAGGUAUAAAAUAAAACAAGAGGCUGCUCUUAUAAGGCAAUCAAAUGCUGAAAAACAAAGAAAAUGGAAUAAGAAGUGGGAAGAGUUCCUUAAUCAGGCUCCUUUUAGUCUAAUUAAAGAUGAGACGCCAGCCCUGGAUCUUUUACCAGCAAUGUCUCCUCUUUCAUUUGAUCCUGCUUCAGAAGAAGUUUAUGAAAAUAGUGUCUUCUAUCGAUAUCCCAUGUCACUUCCAGAUGCAUCUAAGAAGCAUACCCAAGAAGAUUUCCAUGGGAUGGAUGAUAAUGCAAUAAGAACUGAGGAUGAUAGUGCAAUAAGAACUACAGAUGAACUAGUGAACAGGGCUGCUGUCCUUCCAAUGCAGUCAGAUACAGUGUCUGAUAGUAGCAGUGUAAUAUUGCUUGAAAAGGAUAUGAAGACAAAGACUAUUAGAGAUAAAGAACAAUCACUUUCAAAAAACAAAAAAAAAGUCAAAAUGGACACAUCUCAAUCAUUGUCAGCUCAGAAGAACAGAGAGAGUUCUAUGCUUUCAACACCAAAGCUAGAUCCCUUCAAAAAAGAAGUAGAUCAUCUGGCAGAGGAGGUUGCCAAGGCAGUUAUAGCAGAUUCACCACAGCUUUGUGAAGGAAGAGAUGUAGAAUUAGGGACCUUAAUCAACCAUUUAUUUUCUAAUCCAUUUUUGACAAGGAAGCAGAUUCCAAGAACUCCAGAAGAUUUGAGUAAGCUCAAUUUAUGCUUCUGA